UUGGUGAAAGCCAACAUGGAGAAGUUGACAUUUUAUGCACUGUCUGCUCCGGAGAAGCUGGACCGCAUUGGUGCAUAUCUCGCAGAGAGGCUCAGCAGAGAUGUGGCCAGGCACCGUUAUGGUUACGUGUGCAUUGCAAUGGAGGCUUUAGACCAGCUCCUGAUGGCCUGUCACUGCCAGAGCAUCAACUUAUUCGUAGAGAGCUUUCUUAAGAUGGUGGCCAAGCUCCUUGAGUCUGACAAAGCAGCAUUGCAGAUCCUGGGUACAAAUUCGUUCAUAAAGUUUGCAAACAUCGAAGAGGACACACCUUCAUAUCACCGAAGUUAUGAUUUCUUCGUCUCCAGGUUUAGUGAGAUGUGCCAUUCAGGACACGAUGAUGUUACAGACAGAACUAAGAUUCGUAUGGCUGGUAUAAAGGGUCUGCAGGGUGUGGUAAGGAAGACAGUUAAUGAUGAGCUCCAGGCCAACAUUUGGGAACCCCAGCACAUGGAUAAAAUUGUCCCCUCCCUCCUCUUCAAUUUGCAACAAGCAGAGGAAACAGAGAGUCGUUCUCCAUCACCACUGCAAGCAACUGAGAAGGAGAAGGAGAGUCCUGCUGCUGUAGCUGAAGGCUGCCUCCGAGAGUUGCUGGGCCGUGCAGCGUAUGGAAACAUCAAAAAUGCCAUCAAGCCAGUUUUAAUGCACUUAGAUAACCACUCACUAUGGGAGCCUAAGCUGUUUGCAGUCCGGUGUUUCAAGAUCAUCAUGUAUUCUGUUCAGUCCCAGCAUUCCCAUUUGGUCAUUCAACAGUUGGUGGGUCACCUGGAUGCCAACAGUAGGAGUGUUGCCAAAGUACGCACUGGCAUUGUGGAGGUGCUGUCAGAGUCUGCUGUCAUAGCAGCUGGUGGAUCUGUAGGGCCCACCGUGUUGGAGGUGUUCAACACACUGCUGCGACAUCUUCGCCUCAGCAUUGACUAUGAACUCACUGGCAAGUAUGAUUCAACCACCAAUGUCAGUAACCAGAUCAUUAAAGAGCACGAGGAAAGGAUUUUUCAGGAAGCUGUUAUCAAGACCAUUGGUGCUUUUGCAAACACGUUGCCUGCCUAUCAAAGAUCAGAGGUGAUGUUGUUUAUCAUGGGAAAGGUUCCACUACCUGCAGUUCAUCAGGUUCUCGAUGGCAUAGAUUCAGGGGAUAAUGGAAAUCGAAUGAUUCAGUUGAUGUUGCUAAAAUCCCUCCUACAGGUGACAAUUGGGUUCCAGAGCAAUAACCUUUUAGCGACCCUGCCCACCUCCUUCCUGGAACCUCUUCUCUCUGCCUCAUUAAUGGAGGAUGCUGAACUUCGCCUCCUCGUCAUAGAGAUCCUUCUCAGUCUGAUCGACCGCCAAGGAAAUAGACAUAAGUUCUCUCAUGUCAGUAUUGUUCCAGACAUCUCUGUCCUCAUGCUAAAAGUGGACAAGUGUUCCCGUCAGGAUACGCUCUUUAUGAAGAAGCACUCACAGACAUUGUACAGAUAUAUCUAUAUGAGCUGUAAACAGGAGAAUAACUCCCAUAUCCAUUACGAUGCACUCUAUGCCAUGCUUGCACUCAUCAGCGUGGAACUGGCCAAUGAGGAGGUAGUUGUGGAUCUUAUUCGGGUGGUAUUAGCCCUUCAGGAACUUUCAUUCACCAAUGAGGAUAACCUGCCAGUGUGGACACGCUGUGCAAUUCAUGCCCUCUGCUCUGCCUACCUGAACCUCAUUAGCCAGCUGACCAGCCUGCCUGCCUUCUGUCAGAAUAUCCAGCAGGUAAUUGAAGUCAGAAGGAAGGAAGCAUUAUACUUGUUGCCAGAGGGAGUCUUUGAAGAUGAAAACAGCAUACCCAAUUCUAUGGACAGAUUAGAGAAGGAUUUGCAGUUCCUGCAGAGUAAGAUCAGUGAAGUUCUGGCAGGCAGCGGCUACAGCUCUGAUAGAUUGGGAAUACCCUAUAUUCCACAAUUCACAGAAGAGGACCGUUUAUCAAAGCGAAAGAGCAUUGGAGAGACUAUCUCACUACAAGUGGAAGUGGAGUCACGCAACAGUCCAGAAAAAGAGGAGAAAAUGCCAGCUGAGGAGAUUACAUAUGAAACACUGAAGAAAGCUAUCGUAGAUGGUGGUGCCAUGGAAGAGCAAGAGAGAGAGAGACGUCGACAAGUUGUGGAAAAGUUUCAGAAAGCUCCAUUUGAAGAGAUAGCAGCUCAUUGUGGAGCAAGGGCAACCAUUUUGCAGAGUAAACUGAAUCAAAUAUUUGAGAUAACCAUAAGACCACCUCCCAGUCCAUCAGGCACCAUCACAGCUGGUUAUGGCCGGAUGCAGUCUCGUUCAGUGCCAGUUUACGAGAUGAAGUUCCCAGAUCUUUGUGUCUACUAGCAGCAGCACAAUACGGUCCAACAC